AUGCGCUGGCAACAAGCCGCAAACAUCGAAUGCCAUUCAAGCGACGACGUCGAUAGCCGAGGCAGUGACGGCUCGCUAAAAGACUCAGCUAUGGAUGAACCGUCAUGCUCAUUAGCUAUUGACGAUGGUGGAACACGGCGAGCUCGAUCCGUCACUUCAAGUCGUAUCAGCCUCUUUUUCGCCAAGGUAAGCCAAGCGUACGGUUUCUACUCGUCAGGUUUUGAAGUACUGAUGUAA